AUGGAAAUUAGAACGACUCGUGAAGGUGAUGAUAACUCGUAUAACGCAGAAAUCGAACUUCAUUUGCAACUUCUUUUGCCGUAUAAUUCACUACCUGCUCAGGUA